UUCUAGUUUCUGUGUGCCAAAUUAGUAAAAAGUUAAUAAUCGAUGUUUGAAAUAUUUGACCAUAUCAAGGGAAAAAAAGUAUACAAGAACAACAACAGGUUUCAGAGCUUUACUGUGAACACCUACUAAAUACUAUAGAUGUAUUUUAUAUAGUGCUUUCAUAAGAAUCUCAAAGUAGCUGGCAGGGAGCUGAAAGUUCAUGGUAGACGAUCUUCCCCAGCGGGAUGAUGAUGUAGUUUAGAAGAGUAGUAGCUUGAGUGGCCCAGGAAAUAUCCCAGCCAAUGCAGCAAUGCUGCUUUAAUUCACCAGGUGUCGCUAUUUCAUGCCACAAACUGUAUAUCCUUUCAGAUAAGUAAUUUUCUGUCAAAAUGAACAAUUAAUCAACUCAUUUAUUUAUACAUUUUUCCCAUAGGAAAAUAUAAGAUCUGAUAAUAAAAAGUGGGGGAAACAUGUGAGAUGGCUAAAACAGUAGGGCUUGUGUAAAAACAACUUUGGCUAUAGAAUAAAAUUUAAAUGUGAAAUGUAAAUAUUUGGUAGGCCAGUGUUCAUUCAAAUGACACUACACUUAUUUGACCAUAAGGUGCAUGGGAAUGUGUGAUGACGGUGCUUAUUUUACCACCGCGGACUGAAGGAACACGUUGUAGCCUACAGUACAGCACUUAACAACCACAACAAGCUUUAGAAUGUUGGGGGCAAAAGGCGCACAGAUGAACGUCUUACCUCACAAAGCCAACAAUGACGGAAUAAUGGAUUCUUGACCUGGUCUAGUCGAAGAAAUAUCUCUGCGCGUUGUCCACAUCCUCUCCACCUGACAACCACACACAAACACAGAACUGCAAAGUUGGCUGCUGUCCGGCGUCCAUCUCAAGUUCCGUGUUCAGUGGUACAGUGUGCGGUCAACAUGGAUGAAUUCCCCCCCAAAUUCAGCAAGGUGCUGGUGACACCUGAUCCGCAGUACAUACCGGGGUAUGCAGGUUACUGCCCCCAGCUGAAGUACCACCUGGGGAAGACCUACGGCCAGCUGACUGCCAAGCUGCUGUCCUCUCCGGAGGUGUCACGCUCACGUCGCCUAGUCCUCCACACGGGCCGCUUCCCCUCCACAGAGACAGACACGGGCCCGCGGGACGAGAACUGGAGGAGCCACCAUGGAGAACGCAGGAAUCUAGAGAGGAUGAUACCGGGCUACACUGGCUUUGUCCCCAAAAGCCAGAACUACUUCUCCCGUACCUACGCAGAGACGUGUCGCGAGGCACUGUCUGAGUUUGACCGAGACCAGCAGAGGAGGGUUCGUCUGGCACCAGCAAACAUACCGCUUGUCAGCAACACCACCAAUUCCGAGUUUAAACCUCGGAGACUGAGCCCCCCUCUGACGGCCAUCUCCAAAGAUCCAGACCCUUACGAGGCCCUGGACCCCUGGAAGCCCAAAGUGUCUCCUUACUUCAUGGAGGACAGCAGUCCACACAAGUACUUCAUCUCAGGUUUCACAGGGUACGUGCCCAAAUCUCGCUUCCUGAUUGGCACGGGCUACCCCAUCACCACCAACAAGGCCCUGGUCCAGUUUGGAAAAGAAAUGAGGAGUGACCCCACCUCCCUGCGUCUCCGUGGGGAGGAAUCAGGAGUCCUACCCCCCAUCCCCACAGUCUACCCAUCCCACCGGGGCCUGCUGCCCUCCUACACCGGCCAUGUUCCAGGACACAAGUUCAGGUACGGCCAGACCUUUGGGCAGCUUACCCACAAUGCCCUGGGGCUAAGCGGCACUCAGAAGAUAGAGGCCAGAGCUCAGUAACGGAGGAUCUCGACUGGUGCCAAAAUGAGCCAUGAUCAAAUCCACUGCCAAGCUCACAGAUUUCAGCAGACCUGGAGAAACAUGGAAAGAAGCAAUCAGGAGUUAGCUCAUUUAAUAUUCUGUGCCAUGCAGGGGGGUUAUCAAAAUGCCUGAGGGACUGACAUGAAGCAGAUUUGAUUCAUUAACCAGAAACAUCAGACACUGAAUAAAAAGGGUGUAUAUACAGAACCACAUGGGAACAUCCAUGAUUCAUCUCCCUUCCAUCUUGCUCUGGCUCUCUCUAAAAUGUCAGGUUACAUUCUUAAUGCAUAUUGAAUCUACCUACAAUGCUCUCCCCUGCCAAACAGACAGUACAUCGCUGUUCACGCUUUGCUUUCACAAGACAAUGUGCAUACAAGCAUGGGAUUGACAUUUACAUUGUUUGGUUAUAAUCAUGUGUGUCUGUAUUGUGACACUAAAAUAACAUACAUCUGUGAAUCAUAUAUCCAGCGUAUCAACAACACUGCACCCACUGCAACAAACAUAAACUGGAGCUUGCACACUCACAUACACACACACACACACUAAGUGUCUCAGCCAAUCCAAUGCAGGGAGAGAAAAAUAGGUCAUGUUUUAAAGAAACCCCCUUCAGGGUAUUGAAGGCACUGCUGCAGAAAGCUCUGCUGCUGUUCUCUUUAGAACCCAGCAGCAGCACAGAGUAACAGACAGUGUAGGAUUCCAGUUUCCCAUAAUGACUGUUCAGUAAUAAUCUAAUUACUCUCCAUCUUGACAUAACACUAGAUUACUGACACUGUCUACCCACCACACACAUCCUCUGAUUUAUACAUUGACAUCACACACAGUCAACAUCACAUCACACAAUCCACAUGAUAUGCUCUCAGCUCAAAACACACAUAACCCCAUUAACUUAACUCUGUUUUAUUCUACGACCCCCACAAGUUUCUUGGGACUUGUCUGAAGUCGGUACAGCCGACCCGCCAAUUUCUGUCUGUAGCGUCCGUACAGUUUUGGCUACACACUAACUAUGAGCGCUUUGUGUAAAGUUGAGAAGUACUGUAUAUAUGGAGACUGUUUAGUAACAGGGUUCAAAACAGUGGUGGAUAAAGUAUUAAAAUGUCAUUUUGUAGUAAAAGUAAAGAUACCUUAUAGAAAGAUAGAAAGUUACUCAAGUAAAAGUAAACG